AUGACUCCCCAGGGUAGGGUAUUACUGAAACGAUUUAUGGGCUGUUGGCACAAAAUGUUUAAAGGGCAAAAUUUGCUUGUGACAAACACAGUGAGCUCUGGGAUACUUUUCGCUGUUGCAGAUUCUAUUCAACAGGCACGGGAGAUCAAGAAAGAUUCUGAGAAAAGUCGAGACUGGUGGAGGACAGGUAGGAUGUUUGUCAUUGGCACUUGCUUGGCUCCAGUGGAUCACUAUUGGUAUAUCUGGCUGGAUCGGGUACUACCAGGGGCAUCAAUUCAAACAGUAAUGCAGAAGAUUCUCGUGGAACAAAUUCUGGCAUCACCCAUCCUUUCGGUUAUAUUUUUCUUGGGUAUGGGCUCCUUGGAGGGACAAACUCUGAAUGGAAGCUGGAAUGAAUUUCAAAGCAAAUUUUGGGAAUUGUAUAAGGCAGAAUGGUGUGUGUGGCCACCAGCCCAAUUAAUCAACUUUUAUUUCUUACCUACUAAGUACCGUGUAUUGUAUGUUAAUUUCAUAUCCCUGGGCUGGGAUAUCUACUUGUCCUAUCUGAAACACAGGGUAUCAGAGGAUGAAAAAGUAUGA